AUAUUUGAAUGUGUCACCUUGUUUACGUGAUCUAAUCAUAUUAUAAAUGUUUGAAACAUAGAGUAACGUGGAUGAAUACAUAAUGUCAAAUUUCUUGUAUAUAUAGGGGUCUAUAUAUUCAUUGUCGUAUUUCCUACGGGGCCGUUUUCGCUAAUGAUGACUUGGUACAUUUUCGCCAACGAGAUAUGGGGCCGUUUUGGAAUGGGGCCGGUUUAGCCAGCACCCGGCAUUUGAACGCCACAGCGAAAAAUGUCAUUGGUUUUAUUCUUCCCAAACAAUGAGUGGUAUUCAGUUAGCAGAUCAGAGAAUAAACAUCACGGUAGUGUUGAAAGUAAACUGCAGUCUCAUCACACGUGCGCUUUGUAAGAUUACAUGAAAUUCGAGUGUCUGCAUCAAAAGUAAAGUAAUUUGUGUCGUUCAUGAAAAGUAUAUAGGGCUAUUAUUCACCAUUGGUGACUUGUGACUGUGCAAGUGUCAAAACAAAGAAAAUGUCAAACACGACUGUUUGUAAUGACACAUCCGAGGCAGUUGAACUUCAUGAACCGAUGAAGAUUUAUCUAAAACCUAUAGCUAAACUCAAUGUGUGCGUCCAACUUCCACAGUUAAAGACACCGGGGAAGAGUAUAUCAAACUGGGAGGUAAUGGAAAAGGUAAAGCAUAUGAUCAGACCAGAAAUAUUUAUCACAUUAAAAAUUGUUAAAAGCUCUUUGGAGUUCAUUCGCUUAGAGGGUGAAAUUGAAAACAAAGGAAAAAUAAAGUUGUUGAUUGCAAAACUUGAUGGAAAAGCCAUCAAGCUAAGUGGAUUUCCUGAUAGCUUAAAAGUAAGAGCUGCAGAAGCAAAGAUAAGUUUUCCUCUAAGACAUGAUUGGGAUUCAUAUUUCCGUGAUGCGAAAAAUAUGAAUGAGAUGAAAAGUGGGGAAAGACCAGAUACCAUUCAUUUCAAAGAUUUGCCAACGAGGUGGUUUGCUUCAAGAAAGGAUUCAAAGAAAGACAAGCCUUGUGAGCAGGUGCUAAGGAGGGUAUUUGAAGUGUUUGGAGAGGUUCGAUGUGUGGAUAUUCCAAUGUUAGACCCAUACAGAAAGGAAAUUAUUGCAGCCACAAAGCCAGGGUCCAUACAGACAUUCUGUUAUGGUCAAGAUCUCACAUUUGAUGCUUAUGUUCAGUUCAAGGAGUACAUUAGUUUUGUCAAGGCUAUGGAUGCGUUGCGAGGUAUGAAGCUGAUGAACAAGGAUGAAGAAGGCAAGGCACUCACUGCAAAUAUCAAAGUUGAUUUUGAUAAGACAAAGCAUCUAUCUGACAAAGCAAUUCGGAAACGUCGUCUUGAGCGUGAAAAAUUAGAAGAACUGGAGAAGAUUCGAUUGAUGAAAAGUAAACAGGAAAAAGAAGAAAACGAAAGAAAGGAAGAAGAAGAGAGACAAAAGAAAAUCCAUGAUGAACGAGAAAGAGAAAGGAGAAAGCAGGAGAAGUUGGAGAUAAGAGAGGAAAGGAGAAAGGAAAGAGAAGAACAAAGACGAGACAGACACUUGAAAAGAAGACGUUGUGAGGAAGAGGAGCGCAUGAAGCUAAAGAUUGCCAUGGAGGAACGCAAAUUGCUGCUGGCCAAGAGGAAACUAGAGUCGCUGCAUUUGUUGACUGAGCUUUUCAACAGGAUUAAGGAGGAUAAAUUUAAGGAGGAUCUGGAGAGGAAGGAAAAAGAACUAGAAUGUGAGAGAGUGAAGCAGGUGGAAAUGGAGCGGAAAAGGAAACUAGAGGAAGAAAUGAGGAAAGCUGAAGUUAAGAAAAGAAAGCAGGAAGAACUGAUGUGUCAAGAAAAGGAAUUAAGGGAAAAAAUACUGAGAAAUAUUAAAGCCAAAGAAGAAAAGAAACUAGAGCUAGAAAGAGAACUUUUAAGAAAGAAACUGUCAGGAAAGCACAAACUGAAGAGCGCUGUUGUCUUGAAGAAGUGACCUAUACUGACUAUGGAGCAAUUGUAAUGAGUGCAUAACGUUCUGCCAUGUUUGUUCAAGAUAUUGCUAAAGUAAAGCCAUUUCACAAAAAAUAGUAUCUUCUUUCUCUGCAUUGUAAUAAAACCAAAUUGGAUAGGUUGGAAAACUAGUUUACUUUUUUGGUCACCAUAUACUGUAUUUAAUCUUAGAUAAGCUGGACCUUUGAUUACCAGAAUUUAAAUUUGUUUGUAGAUUGGGGUCGGCCUUUGUAAAUGUUACACUUUCAUCAAACUAUUUUCUAAUUUGGUAAAAAAACCUACAUCAUAUCGCUUGUUAUUGUAGCAGUUGUUCAGAUGAACGACCAACGCUGUAAAAAGAAAUUGUCAAUGAAAAUGUUAAACAUCUCAAGACAUAAUGAGAAACCAUUUCAAUCGUAUUUCUUGUUAUGCAAUUCCCUAUUUAUACUUGUAGUUGUACAAAAUGUUCUAAAUGUUUUUUCAGGUGAACAACUGACUUGACUUUGCAUGUGAGGACAGGAUACGCUCACUUUUUUGUGAUCACUUGGUAUCAUCACUAUUUGAUAGUGAUUCAUAAUACUUGCUCAUGAUAUACAUGUAGUCAGAAUCAUACCGUGGACUCUGAUUUUGGCACAAGAUUACCGAUUGUAUUUGUCUCAUAAAUUAAGCCGGAAAUAGCUAUAAGCUGUACACAGAUUUUCUCCCAAUCUACCGGUGAUUAAGUUAAAAAAUACCCCAAAAUAUUACUGAAUAGAAUUUUUGAUGCAAUGAUAAGAAAAAAAAAGUAUCUGAAGAUAUUAUUUCACCAGGAAUAAUAUUUUAAACUAUUGUGUUAUUUAAUUGCAGGUUUUAUUAUAGUCAUUUAAAAUAAUAAUCAUAACCAGGGUUAUGUGGUAGCACUUUGGUGUAUUGUGGGAUACUUUUCACGUAUGGAACAAUAUGUUAACAUAUAUAUAUAUAUUGUCAAACUACACUACACUAACUACACAUUUUAAUGAGUCAAAGUUUGGCAGUUAUGAUAUAUGUAUCCAUUAUCUGACAACUAAAGUUGUGGUUGCUGAGAUUAAUGUGAGUUUCUGCUGCUGCAGUAUAUGGUAAAGUGGAUCCUAUGGAAUGGGGUAAAUGGAAGAUGUAAGUAUCGGAGGGAUGCAUGAUUUUGCUGUUAUUAAUGUAAACAUUAUUGAGUGAAAUGUUGAAUAAAAUUAAUUAAAAAAAUAUCAACAUAA